UCAAGGGUCACAGUUGUGCUUCGAAAUUUUCGUGCGCGCACACGUGAGUCAUUUGUGUUCUUCCAAUUUUAUUCUUCACAUCUUCAUUCGUUCUUCAUCUCAACUUCUUUUGGAUUUUGUUAUUAUAUAUUACUAUUGGUGUUAUUUUGGUGCAUUUUGGUGAUUCAUUAUUGGAUUACAAUAUAUCAGUGCAUUUGACAAUUAAAAAAAAAAAAAAAAAGGAUUUAACAAGAAACACAUACACGGAGUAGUGCAUAUAUUUAAAUGACCAUGGAGAUUCAGUUGAUUUUUAUGAGUUUAUUGUGUGUGACCUUGGUUGCGAGUAUCGACCUUGGACCAUACAUACGAAUCGCGCAAUGCAGAUCUCAAUGCCUUCGACAAUACAGUGUGGAUGGUACUUGUGAUGUACUCUCAAGUUCCGAUGAAUAUCUUUGCCGUGAGUGCUGGAAUCACUGCGAGGGCCUGGAAUUUCAGUGGCAGACCUAUAAAGACCUUUGCGAAAACGAUGCGAUCUCUUCAGCUUGCCCAUCAUGCGGAACAAUUUGCAACUACAGGAAGACACGAGUGAUAGAAGAAUAUCUACCAUCAACGUUACCGGCACCAGAGAGGCCUCCAGCUUCAUUAAAAAAGUACGACAUAGCAAUUCUCUUGAGGAAAGUUAACAACGAGUGGAUAGAAUCCGGUUAUUUCCCAGGAUCCUUUGUAGCUCGUCUAAAGCCAAGUAUGUGGCUUAUUGUCGUCUCGGGUGGAGAUGGAGUGAGGCACUUUAGCUAUGACGAGUGGAUACCAACAUUGGAGUCCUUGAAAUCCGGUUCGCUCUAUGAGGCUACCAUUUCCUGGAGGAAUGUUGACGCACAAAUACGUAAAAAUUAUGUUCUAGAGCAAAAGGAAUUCAAUGAUAGAAUAAGACAAUUUUAUUUGGAAAAAUAUGGACACAGUGUUCUUAAUGAAAGAAAUUCUGAGGAAGAGGGACCAACUGAGGCGCUUUUUAGGGAUUUCUUUUUCAAAAAGAAAAAUGAUGAGGAUGUGAUUUUUGGCGAUCACGUGAGACCAUCGACAAGUUAUAGUUUAUUUAAUAAGGAGCAUGAGGAGAAAAAGGAAUCAUGGGUAGUUGCUUGGGAACCGGAAGCUGGCGGUUUAACUGGUAAUCAAGAGGCUGAUUCGAAUUAUGCACAAAUCACACUUUUACCAGGAACAAAAUAUCGUGUACGUGUUGCAUCUAAAGAUGGUCCUGGUAGUUUUCCCAUUGAAGUUGAUACCAGUACAUCAUCAUUUGUGCAGGUUCACAGAAUAAAAAAAAACUUCAAAAAUAUUUACGCAUGGGGGAUCAUCGCUGCGAGCAUGUCUAUGCUCAUUUUUAUCAUUGUGUUCGCAUUCAUCAAAUUUUUAACGAAAAAUAGAAAAUAUGUUGAAAGUGAAGAGGAAGUAGUAUGAGUUCAUUCAGAGACGGCUUGAAGGCUCAAGUUGUAUAAAUUCUGGUCGAAAACGACUAUAAAAAAAAAUCUCAGGGAUCCAAUUUCUCAGCGAUGAGAUGAGAAUUUAGUGGAUAUUUAUAUAUUCACGAGAGGAUGAUUUGAGUCAAAGACUGAAAGAAGACGAUGACAUAUGGUGAAACAGAAAAGCUCCGAUUGUCUUGUUAUAAGUUUGAAAAAACUUCAUGUCGGAUUUGAAGAGAAUGAAGACUACUAAAUAUGUGAAACUGUGGCCAGUUAGUAAAAAUAGACGAAACCAAUGAAAUAUAUGCACAAUUUUAUAUUAAAUUUUAUGUCAAUUCAAUUUCCUACCAGUUACAAACAGAUUUUCCAUUCCUUUGAAUACAGUUUUCAAUUAGUAUUAUUAUUAAUGCAAAUAAUUGUAUUUUUAGAAUUUCAUGUUUGUAUUUGGAUUAAAAAAAAAAAAUUGUAUUACAGAUUUUAUGAGAUGAAUUUUAUUUUGCUAAUUUAUACAUAAAAAAAACAAUUGUACAAACUUGCUCAAAAUGUAACUAUACAGACUGUACAAGAGUUCCUACUAAACGACUGUGGGGUUUUAGACUUCACUAAAUGUAUUUAUUUUGUAAAUAUUGUGGAUAUUUGUAAAUAGUAAUUAUAAUUAUAAAUAUAAAUAAAACAUUUUAAUGAAA